UGAAGAAGCCGAAACUGAAUUUGUGCAGCCGUAUUCUUCGAGAAAGGCGGAAGACAGUUUGAGCCAUGGCAAGCCAGGACUUGCUGGCGAAAAAGAGAGAAUGUCUUCAGGCCUACAGCUGGUGGAGAACGCCACAGAAGAAACGGAAGAAAAAGAACAAAAUAAAACCAGGAAGAAUAGAGUUUGUUCCUAGUAGUACUGCAGCCAGACCGGAUUAUUCUAUAUUUGUUGGGGAGCUUACUCCGGAAGUGGAUGAUUUCCAGCUCUAUGACUAUUUCCUAAAGAGGUACCCCUCAUGUAUUGACUGCAAAAUAGCGACGGACCUGCUGGGAUAUUCCAGAGGGUAUGCCUUUGUCAGAUUUGGUGAGCAAGGUGAUCAGAUGAGGGCACUGCAAGACUGCCAGAAUGCACCAGGUCUGGGGGGAAAACGAAUCCGGCUGAGCAUAGGAAUUUCUAAAAGACUGAAAGCAGAAUUCCAGCGGUACCAGUCAUACAACUACAAUGAUUAUUACCAAGAUUAUCAGAACUACUACUCGCAGUGGAAUUAUGAUCCUUAUGCUGACUACAACUACAGCUCCUAUACUCCCUAUGAUAGCAUGCAAACUGUUGGAGACUGCUCUUUAGGAGAUACUCUUAUGGCUCCAGCUGUUUUUGAGGAAACUUCAGCUAUGACUGAAAUCAGUGAUGACCUAAUAACUGAAGAUCCACAACUUUACUUGGAUGUUGAUGAAAUGAACAGACAAUUUAUGGAGACGAGUGAAGAACUCUAUGAUUCCCUUAUGAAUUGUCACUGGCAACCUCUGGAUACGGUCACUUCUGACAUCCCCUCUGCUAUUUAAGUGUCUUAUAUAGCAUGACCGUAAUGACCAAGGUGCUAAAAUUACAUUUCUUCUACAUUACUCUAGAUCAUAAGUUUUAAAGCACAAUGAUAGGUUGGGUUUUUUUGCUAUGCUUUUGACAGUUUCUGUAAUUUUUUUGUGUUCAUCACUUUACUCAAAGCAUCUUGAAAUCAUGUAAAUAUUCUAGAAAUGUAAAGAGUUCAAUGGGGUCUAAAGAUAGACUUGCCUGUGUAAAUAAAAUUUUGUUUCUGCAAA